ACUUCCCUUAUCCAAACUUGCAGAACAGCACCAGAAAUCUCAGGGCUGCAUAUAGAGAGAGAGAGAUAGAGGGAGUGUGUGUGUGACUGCAAUGGGAUUGCCCUCUAUUUUCCUUCUCUUCUUCAUCGCAGCGAUUUCUCCGGCGAUCGCCGGAACAUUCAGUUCUGUUACUGACUAUUCUCCGAACUCCAACUCUAGAAUCGAAAUCUUCGACACUUCGAACUAUGGAAAACUUCACCUCAGCAACGCAUUGGGCUUAACCCCUCAAAUGGGAUGGAAUAGCUGGAAUUUUUUUGCUUGCGGAAUCAACGAGACAGUAAUUAAGGAGACUGCUGAUGCUCUGAUCUCAACCGGCCUGGCUGAUUUAGGCUACAAGUAUGUUAAUAUAGAUGAUUGUUGGUCUUCUCUGUUGCGCAAUUUAAAGGGUCAGCUGGUUCCUGACAAGAAGACUUUUCCUUCUGGCAUUAAGGUUCUCGCAGAUUAUGUACAUGAGAAGGGCCUCAAGCUUGGUAUUUAUUCUGAUGCUGGGGCUUUUACAUGUCAAGUUCGUCCUGGAUCCCUCUUCCAUGAAGAAGAUGAUGCAAAGAUUUUUGCGUCUUGGGGCAUUGACUACAUAAAAUAUGACAAUUGUUUCAACUUGGGGAUCAAACCUGAGAAACGGUACCCUCCCAUGCGUGAUGCCUUAAACUCAACUGGGCGGGCCAUUUUCUAUUCCAUUUGUGAGUGGGGAGUUGAUGAUCCAGCCUUAUGGGCUGGUGAGGUUGGUAAUAGCUGGCGGACAACGGAUGACAUAACUGAUACAUGGGAUAGUAUGACUGCCAUUGCUGACAUUAAUAACAAAUGGGCUUCAUAUGCUGGACCAGGUGGUUGGAAUGACCCUGAUAUGCUAGAAGUUGGCAAUGGUGGGAUGAACUAUUCAGAGUAUCGAUCACAUUUCAGUAUAUGGGCUUUGAUGAAGGCUCCUCUUUUGAUUGGCUGCGAUGUAAGAAAUAUGACUGCUGAAACAUUGGAAAUCUUGAGUAAUAAGGAGGUCAUUGCUGUGAACCAAGAUCCUCUUGGUGUUCAAGGGAGAAAGGUGUCAGUUACAGGCAAUAAUAACUGCAGCCAGGUUUGGGCUGGACCGUUAUCCGGCGAGCGGACGGUUGUAGCAUUAUGGAAUCGCUGUUCAGAGGCUGUCAAAGUCACUGCCAAAUGGGAAGUUCUUGGUCUCGAGACAUCUACCAGCUUCUCUGUAAGGGAUCUAUGGGAGCACGAGGAUGUAGCGGAUAAUGUUUUUGGAAGCCUUGCAGCUUUUGUUGAACCACAUGACUGCAAGAUGUAUCUUCUCAGUCCUAAUGUUUCACCCCACUCUAGUUAAUGUGGUUGCUUUGUGUGUGUUUAAAUACUGAGAUGAGAUGUUUUAAUCACUGUUAUUCUACAUAUAAAACGAUGAAUAUAUGCAAUUCAUCAUUCUUAGUAUUGGUACAUGAAAGUAUGAUAUUUUGCAAACUGUAUAAUAGCAUGAACCUUUACUUAUUGAGCUUUA